UCCACGGCCAUCAAGUAGAGAAAGAGCAUAUACUAUUCUCGGGCUGCUGAGACAUUGAAAUCAACCGCGCGACUGCCGAUCGCGCCGAACCGGUGCAAGAGAGCCAGCUUGUCAAACCCCUGCCAGAGCAUUGUUGUACAUACAUAUUUAAAUGCAUACCCAUAUAACAUUCUGAGAGCAUGAAUUAGAGGCGCGACGUGAUGGCAGGUUCCAAGAAGAAAAAGUCUGAGCCUUCGGGCCCAGACCUGUACGCGGAGCUUAGCGUAGCUAAGAAUGCGUCUACUGAAGAAAUUAAAAAGGCGUAUCGUCGACUAGCGCUUCAGUGCCACCCGGAUAAGAACCCCGGCGAUGCAGCAGCUCACGAGCGGUUCCAGAAGAUAAGCGUUGCUUACAGCGUGCUUAGUGACGAUGGCAAGCGCCGCUACUACGACCAGACUGGCACAACCGAAGGCCUGGACAUCAGCCCGGAUGAGUUCAUGGACAUGUUCCAGUCGUUGCUGCUGGAGAUCGUCGGCGGGGCUGACAUGAUUCGGGACAUGCUGUCGUGCUUCACGCCUCGGGAGCUGGCACGGCUGCCGCCCUUCCCCUUCCCCAAGGAGCUGUUCCCGCCAGGCACCUUUCCGGAGGGGCUUCGCUUCAGCAGCAAGGGGCUGAAGGGCAUGCCGCCGCAGGUGGAGGAGAUGAUACAGAGCGGCGACCUGCACGCCGUGUUCGGCGCCAUGGGCGGCUCGCCGGCUGCGCAGGGAGCGGCGGGCGGCCACGGCGGUGGCCGGCACCGCGCCGGCGGCAGCCGCGGCGCAGCCAGUGGCGCUGACGCUGCAGCCGGGGCGCGGCAGGGCCUGUUUGGCGCUGGCGGUGGCGGUGGAGCCGGCGGCGGCGGUGGCGGCGGCGGGGGAGGCGGUCGGCGGGCGGGGCGCGGCGGGCGCAGCGGCGGUGCCGCCGCCGCCGCCUUUGGGCCGUUCGGUGGCAUGGGCGGCAUGGGUGGCAUGGGCAUGGACGGGUUGGAUCUGGAUCUGGACGACCUGGCGGCGCUGGCGGCCUUUGGAGAUCUGGGCGACCUCGGGAACCUGAAGGGCCUCGAUCUGGAGGCGCUGUUGGGUGCGGCCAUGGGCGGCCCUUCGGCUGCAGGUCGCGGCCGGGGCCGGGGCCGGGCGCGGCCUUUCGGCAUCCCUGGCGGCGGUGGUGGCGACCGUGAUGGCGACAGCACAUACGAGGACGAGGACGAGGAGGGGGAGGAGGAGGGGGAAGCGGGGGAGUCCGGCAGCGACAGCGGCAGCGACUGGACUGACGUGUCGGAGGAGGAGCUGGAGGAGCUGUGGGGACUCCAGGGGCCGGGGGGGCAGCAGCAGGGGCCGGGGGGGCAGCACCAGGGGCCGGGCCAGGGCCAGGGCCAGGAGGCAGCAGGCGUGGCGCAGGAGCUGGAGCAGGUGCAGGAGCUGGAGCAGCACCGCCCGGUGAGGGGCGGCGGGGUGCAGGCCAGGCCGGACGCCGCCUCGGGGCGCGGCGCCGCGGCGGGCGGCGGCAGCAGCGGCGGCCUGAAGAGCGGCAGCGGCAGCGGCAGCGGCGCCAGCAGCAGCAGCAGCAGUGGCCGCAGUGGUGGGGGCGGCAGCAGCAGCGCAGCGGGGCAGCCCCAGCUUGGGGCGAACGCCGUCACCCGCAGCGCCAACCCCAACUCCGGCACCGGCACCGGGCGCAGCUCCGCCAACGGCAGCGCCGCAGGCGCUUCCACCGCCAGCAAUGGGGCUGCCGGCGCUGCCAGCAUCGCCGCCGGCACCGCCGCCGGCACCGCUCUGCCGCCGCCGCUUGUGAAGGAGUGGAUUGCGGCGGCGCGCGGCGGCGACGUGGGGGCGCUGUGUGGGAUGCUGGCGGCGAGCCCGGGGCUGCUGGGUGCGCGCUGCCGCGGCAUGGGGCACACGGCGCUGCACUGGGCGGCGGCCAAGGGCGAGGUGGAGGGCGUGGAGUGGCUGCUGCGACAGGGCCUGGACGUGAACGUGCGCAACGGCGACGGCGCCACGCCGCUGCAUGCGGCGGCACGCAACGGCCGCAUGGAGGCGGUGGAGGCGCUGCUGGCGUGGAAGCCGGCGGCGGCCGAGGCCCCGGCGUCGCGAUCGACGGCGGGAGCGGCAGCAGCACCUGCCGAUUGCAGCGGCAGGGACGCAGGCUGUGGCGUUGGCAGUGGCAGUGGCAGUGGCGGCGGCGGUGGCGGGGGCAGUGGCGGGGGCGGCACGUGUGACGUGGGUGCGGUGGAUGCGGAGGGGCGCACCGCACUGGACCUGGCGCGGGAGUUCAAGCACGCACAGGUGGCGGACCGUCUGCAGCGGGCGAUGAUGACCCCAGCGGCCGCAGCGGCACCUGCGGCACCAGCACACCCUGAUCAGGGCAGUGCCGCCGCCACCACUGCCGCCACCUCCGCCCCAACAGCAGAAGCAACGGCGCCGCCCACAGCGGCAUCUGCAGCGGCGCACGCGCCUGUCACAGCGCCCGAGCCCCCACGUGGUGCGCCCACAGCGGCCGCGCCCGUUGCCGCGGCGGCUGGCGCGGCGGCGGCGGCGGCGGCGCCGCCGCCGCUGUCGAGCGCCUCGCCAGCACGGGCGUCAGAGCCCGGGGAAACAGGGCGCAGCGGCAGUAGCAGCAGCAGUGACCGCAAGGGAUGCGCCCCGACUCCUCCUGCUGCUGCAGCUGCUACUGCCGAAGGUGCACCUGCCGUUGCGGCCACACAGUCCGACGUGGCGGCAGUAGCACACCCAAAGGCUACAGCUACAGCUGAGGCUGCGGCUACAGCUACAGCUCAUACAGCGGGCCCGCAGCCCGGCACCAGCACCCACACCGACAGCGCUAGUGCGGCGCCCGCCUGCGCCCCCAACCCCACCCCCGCACAGCCGCCUCCUGCAGCCACCGCUCCCCAGCCCACAUACACGGCACCACCAGCGCAACAGGCGCCACCACCACAGCAGCGGCCGUCAUCGCAGCCUAAGCAAGCCCAGCCGCAUGCGGCUCCUGCGUCUGCGGCUGCGGCUGCGCCUGCGGCGGCGGGCUCGGACGGCAAGCGGCCGCUGACGGCGGCGGAGAAGGCGGCGCGGCGGGCGGCGCUGGUGGCAGCGGAUGAGGCGGCGGACAGGGAGGAGGAGCGUCUGGAGGCGGAGCGGGCGGUGGCGGCUGAGGCUCGGGCGGUGGCUGCGGGCGCUGCGGGUCGCGAUCAGGGCCGCGCCUGGCUGGCUGCGGCGCAGGCCGGCGACCUGGCGGGGCUGCGGCGCCUGCUGGCGGCCAACCCGCGACUGCUGCUGUACCAGGGCCAGGGCACCAGCCUGUCCUUCACCGCCCACAGCGCCCUGCACUGGGCCGUGGCCAAGGGGCACCUGCACGUGGCCCGGUGGCUGCUGGAGCAGGGCGCUGACCCGGACGCCCUCAACGCCAGUGACGCCGCGCCGCUGCACACCGCCGCGGGGCAGGGCGCUGCAGACUGCGCCAGGCUGCUGGUGCUGGAGGCGGGGGCGCGCAUGGGGGUGCAAGACGGGCUGGGCGACACGCCACGCGACAUCCUGCUGCGCCGCGACGCGCAGCAGCUGCCCACCGGCAGUAGCAGUAGCAGUGGCAGUAGCAGUAGCACCCAUGGGGGGCUGCAGCUGGCGAAUGAUCUCGAGCUGCUGGGCCAGGGCACCAGCCUGUCCUUCACCGCCCACAGCGCCCUGCACUGGGCCGUGGCCAAGGGGCACCUGCACGUGGCCCGGUGGCUGCUGGAGCAGGGCGCUGACCCGGACGCCCUCAACGCCAGUGACGCCGCGCCGCUGCACACCGCCGCGGGGCAGGGCGCUGCAGACUGCGCCAGGCUGCUGGUGCUGGAGGCGGGGGCGCGCAUGGGGGUGCAAGACGGGCUGGGCGACACGCCACGCGACAUCCUGCUGCGCCGCGACGCGCAGCAGCUGCCCACCGGCAGUAGCAGUAGCAGUGGCAGUAGCAGUAGCACCCAUGGGGGGCUGCAGCUGGCGAAUGAGCUCGAGCUGCUGGCGCGGGUGGCGGCGAUGCGGGACGCGCCGGGGGGCGAGGCGGACUGGGCGCCGCGGGCGAUGCGGACGGUGCUGGCGGCGGCAGGCAUCAGCACGGCUGGUAUGCUGGAGCGGCAGGAGCUUGUGGCGGCGUGUCGGCAGCUGAUCGCCAGGUACCCGCCCCGCAUCCGGCGGCCGGCGGGCGCUGCUGCCACUGCUACAGCCGCUGCCACUGCUACUGCCGCUGCUACUGCUACUGCCACUGCUACUGCCGGCUCCUCCUCGCAAGCGGCGGCACCUGGCUCCACGCCAGCAGGCAGCGGCGGGGCCGGCAGUGGCAAGGCAUCGUCAUCACAACCGCCGCAACCGCAGCCACCGCUGCAGCCGCCAUCGCACAAGCGGGCUCCCGGAUCUCCACCGGACAGCAAUGACGCAUCCGAUGUCGCCUCCGAUGACUCCGAUGACGAUGGUGUUGACAUUUACGAAGGAGGCAGCAACCCAGCUGCUACUGCCGCCGCUGCUGCGGCUGCUACUGCCAACCCGGACGCCGCCGCCGCCGCCGCCUCUGACGCUGCCAAGCAGCGCGGCAACGAGGCGUUCGGGCGGGGUGACUUCGCAAAGGCCGUGUCGCACUACACGAUGGCCAUUCGCCUGGCCGCACAGCCCAACGCCGUGCUGUACAGCAACCGCGCGGCGGCGUACUGCGGCAUGUCGUACUUCGGCAAGGGCCAGGCGGACGCGGAGGAGGCCGUACGGCUGGAUCCGGGGCAGCCCAAGUACCGCUGCCGCCGUGGGGUUGCGCUGCUGGGCCAGCUGCAGCUGCGGGAGGCCGCCGCCGCAUUCAACGCCGCUCUCAAACUGGAUCCGGCCUACCCGGCGGCGCUGCAGGGCCUGUCGGACGUACGGGCGGCGGCGGCGCGGACGGGCGCCGUCGGCGCGUGAGGCACCAGGGGUCAGGAGAGGAGGCGGUGCUGAGCGCUGACGAGGACGGUGGCGGCGGCUGUCGGCGGUGGUUGGGG